GAUCGUUUUUCCAUUUUCUAAACAUUUUCGUUGAUUCUCGGUUAAAAGUUCAAAUUAAUGUGAGACAAGAAGCAAAGAGAAAAGAAAACAAAAGCAGAAAGAAACACGCGCACGCAUUGGAGCAACAGCAGAGCAAACAAAGUCAAACCAAAGACAGCUGAAAAUCGAUGGGGAUCGAAAUCGAACCCCACCAACAACAAGUUUUUUAGUUGUUUUCCCUCUGCGUGUCUCAUUCGUGUUUGCUGCUCUCCGCUUUGGGCUCCACUUUAUUGCCGACUUUUAUUUUGUUUCGUCGUUUUAUCAGAGCUCUCGAUCCCGACCACCUCCAAAAAAGUGCAAAACGAGAGCUGAGCUUGGGGGCUGCAUGCAAGGCGACUCGACAGACGUCUACUCGUAGAAUCUACAAUUUCAAAAUUACACAACUUACAUGAAGGAGAAGCAGCGACAAAAGGAGAGGCAUAAACUGGCACUGCAGCAGCAGCAGCAGUAGCAACAGCAGCGGAAGCAGAAGCAGCAUCAACUGCAACAAUAGCCCGAAGUCUAGUCGCUCCAAGUGUCGCAUUGUCGAGAGGCAGCCAAGCAUCGCCCGCAUGCACUAGAUGCCAUCGACCAUGGCCCCCACGACCAGUCCGAGCUCAGCCGCCCCGAAGCUGGCCAAGUUCAAGUCCUCCUCGCUGGACCAUGAGAUCUACACGGCGAAUCGACGCGGCACCAUUGCCACGGCGGCCAGUGACUGGAAGGCUCUUCGCAGCAGCCCCACCAACGGGAGAUCUCUACAUGCCGGGGCCGGGCACGGUCUCGGCCCCGGACUAGGCCUCUCCUCGAUGACCCGGGCCGCCUCCACAUCAUCACUAGCCAGCAGCACACGCACCAUGACCAACUUUCAGGAGUACAAAAUGGAAAUUAUUAAUCAGGGCAAGUGCCUCUGUGGGCAGUAUAUCAGAGCGCGGCUACGGCGGGCUGGAGUUCUCAAUCGGAAGGUGAUACAAAGACUGCGAAACAUACUGGAGCCCUCUUCCCAUGUGGUCUACGAAGUGUUUCCGGCCCUCAAUAGCAUGGGCGAGGAACUGGAGCGCAUGCACCCGCGUGUCUAUACAAACAUAUCCAGGCAGCUGUCGAGAGCUCCGUUUGGCGAGCUGGAGGACGGUGAUAUGGCGCCUAUGCUGCUUAAUUUGGUGGCCAAGGAUCUCUUCCGGUCGAGCAUUACCUGGGGCAAGAUCAUCUCAAUAUUUUCGGUCUGUGGCGGCUUUGCCAUCGACUGUGUGCGCCAGGGCCACUACGACUACUUGCAAUGCCUGGUGGAUGGCCUGGCCGAGAUCAUUGAGGACGAUCUGGUGUACUGGCUGAUAGACAAUGGCGGUUGGCUCGGACUGCAGCAGCACAUACGUCCUCGCGUCGGUGAAUUUACAUUUCUGGGCUGGCUGACACUGUUUGUGACCAUUUCGGCUGGAGCCUAUAUGGUAUCGAAUGUAUGCAAACGCAUUGGCUGUCAAUUGUAUUCGUUGUUGUUUUAGUUUCGGGACGAUUCGUUUUAGACAUUAUCAUACUCGUAAUCGUAACAUUUAGUCAUUGAGACUUUCCAAUCAUUCCUGCUUCUAUGGCAUACAGAGUCGUAUAAUAGGUUGUAAGCAAUUUUGUUUUAUGUAUAAUAUUCAUAUUAAUAAUUGUUAUAUUGUUUUCUUCUUUUUGUACAUAGUGCCAGGCGCAAUAAAGCGCAUUUUAAAGGUGA